AGAAGAUAUUAAAUCCUUUAACCUCAUCUAUUCCUCUAUUCUAACACGAUUUGUGAAAGCGUUCGAACUUAAAGUCUAGCUUAUAUUUUUCCUCCUUUACAAAACUUGACAACUGGACACCCUUUUUGCUGUACAGUCCUCAUUUUCAACAAGCGGUCGCAAGUGAAAUAUGUCGCUAAAAACUGAAGCAUUAGGCCUACGUGAUAUUGGUUUCUUAAAUCUAUAGUGACGUUUCAUAUUGUUAUUGAAGGGAAGCUUAGAGCAUUUAAGCUUCCUGGUGACGGUAUAGCCGGUAGGAGGAAUCCAAGUUCUCUGCGAUCCAGUAUUACCGUCUCCAUUUCUACUACGGAUAAGGCGAAACGCGAUUUACUGUAGUGCAGCUGCUCAUUGGUUGGAGCGAUUAUAUGAUAGGCAAGCAUUCGCACAUUUACUUUCUGCUUUGCUCCUGAACGUCGCAUUCGAGAUUGGACGAACUCUAUAAUGAUGAUGGGAUUUGUUGGUAUCUCACUGUUGAUCGUUUGUUCUUGUGUCGUGGUCGAUGGUCAGGGACAUGGAGGAGGAGUUGCAGACUCACAAGAAGAUCUUGAAGCUGCGCUGAACUACCUUAGCAAGUACCAGGGCCUGCCGAUGUCCAACGACCCAAACACAAGGAUGUCUUUGAUAAGUCAUACCGAUCUUGCUUCCACCAUCCGCAAUAUGCAAUUGUACAUGAAUGUACCCCUGACAGGGCGCGUUGAUGCUGCUACCAAGACCAAGAUGACCCAGCCCAGGUGUGGGGUACCAGACCCAACUGGUCAAGAUGCGGCAGGCCACGCCCUCGGUGGUAGAAUGAGAAGAUAUACGCACACCGGGGGAAAGUGGGAGAAUCCAAGUCUAACAUUCCGAAUCCUGAAUACUCCUCCAGAGCUUCGAAGACGUGAAGCUGAAGAUGCGAUCCGAAAGGCCUUCAAAGUAUGGGAGGACGUCACUCCGUUAAAGUUCACCGAAAUUCGCGGUGUAGAAAGGGCUGAUAUUUAUCUCAAAUUUGGUGCUGGUGCCCACGGCGAUCUUUUCCCCUUUGAUGGACCGGGUUUAACGUUAGCCCAUGCUUUUCCACCCCAGAGUGGAUGGGAUGAUCUCGAUGGUGAUGUGCACUUCGAUGAUGACGAGACUUUUACAGUAGCUACAUAUGAUGGUACAAACUUGUUCCAGGUAGCUGCUCAUGAAAUAGGUCACAGUCUUGGUCUAGGUCAUUCCAGUGACUCACGAGCCCUCAUGGCACCCUUCUACCCUGGCUACAUCCCUGACUUCCAACUUCAUUACGAUGAUCAACUUGGAAUUCAGAGAAUUUACGGUAGUAAGAGACCCCCUGUUCAACCACCGACAAAGCGACCUCAGCCUGGACCUGAUCCUGGACCUAGUCCUGGUCCUGACCCAGGACCUAAACCUGGACCUACUACCAAGGCACCUGAUGGAAGAUGUAAGAAGACCUAUGACGCCAUUACACUUAUCAGAGGAGAAUUGUUCGCUUUUCAGAAUGACAUCUACUGGAGGCUACGGUUUCCCCAGGAACUCAUCUCCCGUGACACCGGCGAGCUAACAUCACACUUCUGGCAGGCAUUCCCAAAUAAAAUAGAUGCCGCCUACGAGAGAUAUUUUGAUCACAUGAUCUUCUUUUUUAAAGGAACCGAAUACUACAAAUAUAAUGGACUAAGCCUGGUAAGCGGGUAUCCAAAACCAAUCAAAAGUCUUGACCCAAAGCUACCGGGUAAUUUGGAUGCUGUUAUUGGAUUCCCAGAGUAUUCGAAGACAUACUUCAUCAAGGGUCGAAAGGUUUGGCGAUUUGACGAACUGGAGCAGAGAGUUGAUGACCAGUAUCCGAUAAACAUCAAACACGUAUUUCCCGGUGUGCCGAGUCCUGUUUCAUCUGCUUUCAUGCAUAAGGACGGUGUUGCUUAUUUCUUGAAGGGUUAUGAGUACUACCGCUACAAUGACACAUUGAGAAGUGUGGAUGGGCCCCCACGUAGAUUCGGCGUUGACUUCUUGGGAUGUGAUCCUAACAAACUUAUCCAACUUGGUCUAGAUUCUGGCAAUAGUACCGGAUAUCAUGGAGAUAGCAACAUCAUCAGGCCUUCCAAAACUUUCACAUUGCUUUUAACAGUGGCAGCAAUUUUGCAUUUGUUUCACUCUAGGUUUUACUAGGUUGUACUUUGAUAGGUUACAUUUCAUUAAGCAUUACAAUGGCUUCCGAAUUUGGAAAUAAUAAUUUAUAUUAAACAGAGAGGUGGCAUUAUUCAGUAAAAAAUCUAAAUAUACGUUUUUCCCGGAGAACAUUAUCCAUAAGUCGCAUAUGAGAAAAAUUCUGGCCUAUAGUCUGACAGAAGUAAGGUUAUCAAAAUGGUCAAAUCACUUUGAUUACCUGCUGAAGAAAUGAUCGAGCAUUAAAAUAAUUCUUAAAUGUGGGACCGGUUUCUUUGCAACAAUCAUGACAAUGCUAUGAUGGUAUUGUGGUGCAUAACAAUAUCAAGUGUUCUGCUUGCGAUUCGUAGGACUAAUAAAUGGUCUUUGAUAUCACAAAGAUGGCACCUUGCAAUAAAGCCAACGAAACACAUCGCAGACGAAUGGUUUCUGAAUUGAUCGAGCCUUGUAAAGCACUAGAAAUCGCUGCCUUGCCGAACGAUCAUGUCUCCUUGGUCUCCUUUGACUUCGGAGACGUCGUUGGGGCGACACUUCCUCAACAUCGCCACAUUUUGGAUACCGAUAACAGUAUUGAAAUAAAAUAAAAGUGUUUGAAAUUCAUACAAGUUUCUGCAAACACUGAUAUAGUAGUUUGUAGAGACGUUGUAGAGACGUACCAGAGACACGUCUGCAACCAGAGUUGACUCGGUGGUCUACACUAACAUGACUUGGGAGAUGUGAAUACGUUUCUCGCCUGAAACAUGCGGAAUGAGACUUACCCAAACAAAGUAGGGUAGAUUCUAAAAACCCUUUGGAGAAUUGACGAAUGAGAGGUUGCAUUCAACUGCUACACGUAUUAAAAUUCAACAUUAGAUAAUAUAAACAAAACGAUUGACAGUGUGUUAUAGCACACUUGUGAGAACAUGUUAUAAACAGCUUUCUUAAUGAAAUAUCUCAUGUCGGUGUGUAUGACGAUUAUCAGAAAUAAAACGCAUCUAUGAAAUAUGCAAAAUGCCGAGUACAUUUUCGCCGAAUCAUUGUGCCAAACCUGAAAAUUAUUCAGAAAAUCAUCAAUUUGACUUAUUUUGAAAAAGACGCGUGAAAACUCAUGUUAGAUAUUACAUAACAAUAUAGCUGUAAAAAGAAAGUUAAGGACAUGGAAAAAAUAGCAGAGGAACUUUCGUUGUUUUUUUAUUUUUACACAUUUGUGAAUAUGAUAUUAUGACUAUGAUAAUUUGUUUUAGUCAUGUAAGUGGUGGUGCUGUAACUUGUUAAUCUUAGCUGCUUCUUCUUUGAUAUUUAUGCGAGUGUACAUUGUAUCAUGCUGUAGGAAAUUCUUAUAUUUCAGUAUUUACCCAAUGUAAAUAGUUAUUCGUUUAGAUUACGACAUUUUUUUUUAUAAUGGCCUACAAUUAGAUUUGAUAUUCUCGAGCAUUGCCAUAACCAUGAUAACUCGCUGGCGAGUCACCAAAUAUGUGCAAUCAAAACUCAUGCUUUCUCAGCUAUCUCUCUGAAGAUAUGUAACCCACAAUAUUCAAAGAUAAUCUACUGAGUCGAUAUUGUGCAUCAUUAAUACAUUGUUGGAUAUUCUGUAAACUCUGUAAAUACAAAAGAGCUAAUCUGGUCCCUAAUCACGCUUCUCUCAGAGUGAAAUGAGGUACCAGUCCUGAUGGAGUGAGAUUUCCGUCUUUCAGGAGUGGAUUUCAAAUCUUUUGGAGUGAAAGUGAAAAACAGAUGCACACUUUCACUCCUGAAAAGGUGAGAACUUACUCUUGAAAUACCGAAAUCUCACUCCAUCACGACUGGUACCUCAUCCCACUCUGAGAGGAGCGUGAUUAGGGAUCAGAUUAGCUCUUUUAGGUCUAUAUAUAAUCAUUCUUUCUUUUUUUCAACAUCGGUACAAACACUGCAUUUUGUUGUUUCGUUAAUACACUUGCUGGCAAGUGUGGUUUCAUAAUUAGUGCUAAUAUUUUGCAAGUAUAAUGUGCUUAUGAAUUCACAUUAUCCUUUUUUAUAUGAUCCAAGAGAAAUCUUUUGUAAGAUUUAAGAAUAAAAUUACAGUAACAACCAAAGAAACCAACUCCAAACCGGCCGAUGUGAUGUCAUUUGAAAUAUUGUAAUAGUUUGAUCGGUUUCAUUGGUGUUACAGUAAAUACAAAAUCACAUGUAUAUAUGAGAAACACUUAAUUUUGACCCAAUGGUUGUGAAAUCAUUUUUUUUUAUCUGAUUACUUUUAACCAACUUUUCAGAAAGUGCAUACAUGCAAGCAUCUUGUGCUCUCCACCGAAAAAUAUUGUGAAAAGUCACUUUCCCUAAAAGUUAUAUAUCAAAUGUAUGAGGUUUUGCCUUUUUUUAAAAUCAUUAAUUGUUGUAAAUUGAUACCGCGAUAAAAAAUAUUAAAAAAUAACAAAUUAUUUGGUCGUAAAUGCAUCUCAUUUUUUUUAACCCAGGCUCCAAUCAAAUGUUCAUUUGUCUUUAUAUGUGUACAUUGAUUUUUACCACGCUUUGUUGGGUUCCCCCAACAUCUACAUUUUGACAUCGUUUCCUGAAAUGAAUUUUCUUUGUAAUAAUUACCGCUUCUGCAAAUAUAAUGUCAUUAUAUUGAA